AUGGCUUUUUAUGUUUUUGAGGUCACUGGAAAGAACUUUAUAUUUGAAAGAAAGUUGCCAGAAAAGAAGUUAAGUAAAAGCUCUGAAGCUCUGGUGCAGCUCCAUGAGACUGUGAAAAGAAAGCUUGAUAGUGCUGCUUCCCCUCAGAAUGGAGACCAGCAGAAUGGCUUUGGUGAUGUAUUUUCUGUGUCCAAGAAGCUGCGUCAUGAUGAUGGUCUUGGUGGAGUGAGUGGUUCUUCCAAUGGAAUGCCCCCUGUGUCUCCACUCCAUCAUCUUGACAAGAAAUCUGGCAGUGGAGAUACCUUACAGCUUAAUGGAAAGCAUCCGAUGGGGCUAGAUGGCAUCAGCAAGAAGUGUCUUCCAGAUUCCAGCCUGCAAAUGAAUGGAGGUGGUGAUGGAGAUGACUCAUUUCCUCUGAGUUUGAAUAAGGAGCUGAAGCAAGAGCCUGUAGAUGAUCUUCCAUGUAUGAUUGCUGGAGCAGGGGGUUCUAUAUCUCAGAAUAACUUGAUGCCUGACCUUAAUCUUAAUGAGCAGGAAUGGAAGGAACUUAUUGAGGAGCUUAAUAGAUCAGUGCCUGAUGAAGACAUGAAGGAUCUCUUUAAUGAAGAUUUUGAAGAGAAAAAAGAUGCAGAUUCUUCAAAUUCAGCUGCACAGACUCCAUUGCCACAAGAUAUUAAUAUAAAGACUGAGUUUUCCCCAGCACGCUUUGAACAGGAACAGAUGGGAUCUCCCCAGGUGAGAUCCACUUCAUCAGGUCCAGCAUUUAUUGGUGCUGCCUCUGUACCUGUAAGUGCUGCUUCUCCAGCAGUUGGUAAUUCUCAGGCUAUGUUUCAGCCUUCCAGUCAGUCACUGACUGAAAACCCUAAUCAGCCCAUGAUGCAGGCAUCAAACCACUCUCAGAACGUCCAGAGGCCUCACUCCAAUGUGUUGUUACCUGGGAAGGGUGCAGGAAGUGCCAAAGAAAUGUCUUCUGCUCAUCAACUUCAGCAGAUUGCUGCCAAGCAGAAGAGAGACCAGAUGCUGCAGAACCAGCAGCAAGCUUCACAAGUCCACCAAACGAAUCAGAUGUCUACGUGGCAACAGUCUGGGCCUUCUCAUAGUCCACUGGCUGUCCCGUAUACCAUGGAAAAUCCCACAAGCCCAUCAGUUUACCAGCCUGACUUCAACAAUCAAAAACUCAUGAUGUCUAAUUUGGGAAAUAAAAGCUCCCCAAGAGCUGGAGGCAAUUACCAUGUGAACAUUUUGGGUCAUCAGCAAAACAGCUUGAACCAGAACCCUGUGAAUAGUCAAAGCUCAAUGCUAGACUAUGGGAACACCAAACCUCUUUCACAUUACAAAGCAGAAUGUGAGCAGGGGGUGACAGUACCAGGUCAGAACAAGGCUCCCAUGUUGGCAUACAUCCAGCAGCACCAGCAGGCACCGCUCUCUCAUGUGAGUGAUGACCAAAAUGGGAUGAUCCUGUUGAAACCCAAGCCUGGAAACAUUACCUACCGACUGCCACACAGUCAGGAUCAAAACCCUUCUAACGUUCCUCGUGUUCCUGUCUCUGUCCCGGGCCCUGGUGUGAAUGCCCAGGCUCCCAACGUCUCCAUGGCAGGUAACCACAGCAACACACCUUAUCUCAGCACUCAGCAGCAAGCAGCAGUGAUGAAGCAACAAAAGCACUUGCUCAUGGAGCAACAGAAGCAGCAAUUCCUAAUGGAGCAGAGACAGCAACACCUUCUGGCUGAGCAGGAGAAGCAGCGGCAGCAGCAGGAGCAGCAGCUGAAGCGGCAUCUGACUCGGCCACCCCCCCAGUAUCAGGAUCAGCCACAGAAUCCAUAUCAGCAGCAGGUUGGACAGUUCACAGGGUCAUCUUCAGCCAUGCCUGGUGUCAAUAAUUUAGGACAGUCCAGCUCCAGUAGUCCACGGAUGUUUCCUCAGCCCCAGAACAUGAUUCAGAUGGGACCUGGACACAGUUCUGUUCUUCCGCUCCAGUCGGGCUCCAGCCAGCAGGAUCGAGGGGUGACUCAAUAUAACAAUAUGCAAAACAUGCAGCGAGGGGGAUUGUACAACUUGGCAUCUGGGAUGACCCAGAUGGUUCCCCAGCAUGCAACACAAAGUGCCAGUGGACAGCCACCCAUGCAGAGACAGAGCAGCCUGGGCCAGGGUGCUGCCGUUCCUGCUGGGUAUGGGCAGAACACCUUAGCAAACUCAAGCAUUUCUCAGCAGCACAAUAAAGGUGCACUGAAUCCAACCUUAUCUAAGCCACAGAUGGCCAGAGUACCAGCUGCUAUGGGGGCUCAGAAUCCAUCUUGGCAACACCAAGGUAUCCCUAGUAUUAACAACCAGACACAAGCAAACAGUGGCUUAGGACCGUUUACUGCCAGCUCCUCUUUCCACAUGCAGCAGACUCAUCUAAAAAUGGCCAACCAACAGUUUGCCCAAGGAAUGCCUCAGGUAAGCCUAAGCACCAGCAGACCCAUGACCUCUAUGAAUGCUGCUGUCUCUGGGCAGAUGCUGUCAUCAUCUUUGGGUGCGCAGCAGCGGACGAACCCUCCUACGCAGCAGCAGGUCCCCUCACAGCAAGUCUUGCCUGGCAUCAACCAGACUGUUCCAGAUCUGAACACUUUCAGCCAGAACCCAAAUCAGCAAAUGCCCAACAGAGGUAAUCUGCACUGUAGUCAAGGGUUCCCUGUGAGGACAACCAGUCAAGAGCUGCCUUUUGCCUACAGCGGCCAGUCGGGCAAUAAUGGACUUCAGAACUUAACUGGUGACACAGACCUGAUAGACUCUUUGCUGAAAAACAGGACUUCAGAGGAGUGGAUGAAUGAUUUGGAUGAGUUGUUAGGGACUCAUUAAAA